GUUAGGUCGGAAUUUCUAUAUAUGUUCAUAGUUAUCGAUAUUUUUGAGCCUUAUACAGAUAUAAAUUCGUUAUCGACUCGUCGAUUAUCUGCUUGCCAUUUCCUAAAUCUUGCAAUGGGCUAUGAUGUCAAUCGCUUUCAAGGCGAAGUAGACGAAGAGCUAACAUGUCCCAUAUGCUCCGGGGUUCUGGAAGAUCCGCUUCAGGCGGUCAUGUGCGAACACGCCUUCUGUCGUGGCUGCAUAAAUGAGUGGCUCACACGACAGCCCACAUGCCCUGUUGAUCGCAAUGCUCUAACUACUGCAAAUCUGAGAGCUGUGCCGCGCAUAUUGCGCAACUUGUUGUCCAGGCUUUCGAUUACCUGCGACAAUGCGCCUUAUGGAUGCACAGCUGUAUUGAAACUGGAUGCAUACAAUUCGCAUUUGGAAGACUGCGUACAUAAUCCAAAGCGUCCAUUUCCCUGUGAAAAAGGCUGUGGCUUUGACAUACCCAAGGACGAACUCAAGGACCAUAACUGUGUGCGUGAGCUGCGUGCGUUAAUUGUUAAACAAACAGAGCAAAUUGGCCAACUCAAAACGGAAAUAACCGAUCAGCAGCUAACUAUCAAUGAGUUGAAGCGAGAACUGCAGCUAUUUAAAGAUUUUAUGCGUGCCAUGCGCGUCUCGAAUCCGGCAAUGCGUGCGAUUGCUGAUCAAAUGGAGCGCGAUGAGGUGAUACGAUGGAGCAGCGCCUUGGCCAGGGCGCGUGUAACACGCUGGGGUGGUAUGAUCUCCACUCCUGAUGAUGCGCUGCAGCUUAUGAUCAAACGUGCUUUGUCGGAGUCUGGUUGCCCGCCACACAUACUGGAUAGCUUAAUGGAGAACUGCCACGAGCGACGCUGGCCCCGUGGUCUAAGCUCUUUAGAAACGCGUCAAAACAAUCGACGCAUCUAUGACAAUUACAUAUGCCGACGCAUACCAGGUUUUGUGAUUGCAGGUAAACAGGCGGUGCUUGUGCUGAGCUGUGACAAUGUGCACAUGACUGAGGAUGUGAUGGUCGAGCCAGGCCUGGUUAUGAUCUUUGCGCAUGGCAUCGAAUAGAGUUGGUCGUGUUGCAGCUACAUUCAACUAAUUAGUAACUAAAUACUUAAAUGUAUGUCAAACA